AUGCACAGAGCUGUCCCACAGAGAGCGCAUCAGCUCUGGGGUCAUGCGCCCCGCGUGCGGUCCUUCAAUCGCUUCCAACGAUCGCGCCGCCACCUCGCCACCGUCUCGAGCGACCCACGACCCUAUGAUGUCGUCGUCAUCGGUGGCGGUCAUGCUGGAUGCGAGGCCAGCGCCGCCUCUGCGCGAACCGGCGCCCGCACAGCCCUCAUCACACCCAGCCUUGACAACCUCGGUGUCUGCUCGUGUAAUCCUUCCUUUGGCGGAAUCGGCAAGGGUACCAUGCUGCGCGAGAUUGAUGCGCUAGACGGCGUUGUAGGUCGGAUUGUGGAUAAAGCUGGGGUACAGUUUAGGGUUCUGAAUCGCAAAAAGGGACCGGCGGUUUGGGGGCCACGGGCGCAGAUCGAUAGGAGUUUGUACAAGAAGUAUAUGAAAGAGGAGAUUUUGGGGUAUCAGGGGUUGAGUGUGGUGCCGGGGAGCGUGGCGGAUAUUAUUGUGGAUAGGAGUGACGAGGCGCGGAGGGAGGGGCGGUAUGGGAGGAUUACGGGUGUGAGGUUGGAGAGUGGAGAGCUGGUUAUGACGGAGAAUGUUGUGAUUACCACGGGAACCUUUUUGGGAGGAGAAAUACAUAUUGGGCUCGAGGCAUUUCCGUCUGGGCGCAUGGGCGAGGCCGCGACGUUUGGACUGAGUAAGAGUCUGAGGGAUGCGGGGUUCACACUGGGAAGACUGAAGACGGGGACACCGCCACGGUUGGAUGGGAAGACGAUUGAUUAUAAAGUGCUGGAUGCACAAGAAGGAGAUGAUCCACCGAUGCCUUUUAGUUAUCUGAACGACCGCGUCCAAGUGGAGAACCAGCUCCUCAACUACGAAACCCGGACGAAUGAAGCCUCACACGAUAUCAUACGGAAAAAUCUCGACAAGUCAAUACAUAUUCGCGAAACCGUCAAGGGACCGCGAUACUGCCCAUCGCUGGAAUCAAAAGUGAUACGAUUUGCGGACAAGACAUCACAUAUCGUCUGGCUCGAACCCGAAGGUUUCGAUACAGAUGUCAUCUAUCCGAACGGAAUAUCCUGCACCGUUCCUGCAGACGUCCAACUCGCCAUGCUCAAAACCAUCAAGGGGCUUGAGAACGUCAAGGUGUUGCAACCCGGCUACGGCGUCGAAUAUGAUUACGUCGACCCCAGACAUCUACGCUCCACCCUCGAAACGAAGAACAUAUCCGGACUCUUCCUAGCCGGCCAAAUCAACGGCACCACGGGCUACGAAGAAGCAGCCGGUCAAGGCAUCGUCGCUGGCAUCAACGCGGGACUCAAAAGUCUGCACAAAGACCCCCUCGUCUUGUCCCGAGCAGACGGCUACAUCGGCAUCAUGAUCGACGACCUCAUCACAAAAGGCGUCUCAGAACCCUACCGCAUGUUCACCUCCCGCAGCGAAUACCGCAUGUCCUCGCGCGCCGACAACGCAGACACACGCCUCACGCCCCUCGGCCACGCCGCCGGCGUCAUCACAAACACGCGCUGGUCGGCCUACACAAGCGAGCGCCAGCAAAUCGAGGCCCUCACCCAGCUCCUGCAGUCCAAAACCCUCUCCUGGACCGCGUGGAACGAAGCCGGCCACGCCGUCCGCAACGACAGCACGAAACGCUCCGCCUACGAGAUCCUCCGCCUCCCAGAUACAUCCCCUACAGACCUCAUCCCGCUCCUACCCCAGAUCAAAGACUUCCCCGAACGCAUCCGCAAUCGCGUGCAUAUCAACGCAACGUAUGCGCCCUACGUUGCCUACCAGGCUGCCGCGCAGGCGCGCUGGCUGCGCGACGAACAUUUGCGCUUGCCCGCUGACAUCGAGUAUGAGAAUAUUUUCGGCCUGAGUUUUGAGGAAAAGAGGGCGUUGGAGGUGGCGAGGCCGGAGAGCGUGGGCAUGGCGAGGAGGGUGGAGGGGGUUACGCCGACAGGGGCGUUGAGGUUGCUGCAGUUUGUUAGGGGGUUGGGGAGGGAGGAGAGGGAGAGUCGGGUGCGGGCGGAGAUUGCGGAGAGGAAGGAGAGGUUUGCGGGGGUUGCUGGGGGGGUGGGGGUAGAGGGCAUGUAG